GCACAGGUUGUCAAUCCAUGCGCCCCUGACUUGUGGCGCUGUACGUUUCCUCCUCUGCUGCUGUAUCCCUGGGCGCUUGGACCAUCAGACCCAUCAUCCGAGGCAGGAACUGACAUCAAGUCCCUCUCAUCCAGAUUUCCUAAUCUUUGAUGCACGCUUUGUAUAAUGGCAGAUGCAGAUCUUCAAGAAAUAAUUCAGAGGCUUCAAAAUCUGUCAGAUUUGGAUUUUAACGAAGAAGAUAUUAAUGCGUUUGUGGCAACAUGCCAGAAGUGUUUGGAGGAGGAGAGAGUGGCCUUUCUGCUCCAGAUAAUCCAAGAUGAGAAAAACAAGGUCAUUAUCGGGAAUAUGGGAUGGAACCUUGUUGGCCCCAUUACUAGAUGCCUUCAAAAAUGCUCUGCUGAGAGUGAGAAAGGGCAGUUCUGCUUGCAGAUGAUUAAUGACUUGAUUCAGUUGUGCAAUCCAAAGGAAGUUUUACUGGGUUUACUUGAACAUAUAGAUGAAGCCACGGAGCAGAUAGCUGAAAUUAUUUUGCUUCUUCUUGAACCUCUUCAAAAAGUUCUCCUAAAACUUGGAAAGAAGAAUGCCUAUUCUGUGGGACUCUCUCUAUCGACCAUCCGUUCUCAGUUAUGCCGUCUGCCCGUGCCGUAUACUAAAGAACAGAUCGAGGCAGAUGAGUACGCCUUUUGCCGGUGUUGCUCCGCUUUGGUCCAGUUUGCAAAACCGUUUGUUGAAUUUGUCGCUCAAAAUACAGACGUGUCGAAGGAACCUGAGGCGGAAGAGCUAAGGAAAGAACUGGUUACAUUUUGUUAUAGUUGUUUGAAGCAGCCUUUACUCAAUGCACCUCUAAAUCCACUCUGCGAUGACAUUGACGACAAUCCUUUCCGCUUGUUUGCUAAAGAGCUUUUGAGGUACUUGGUAUCAUUGGGGGAAUCUCUGCCCAAGGCAUUUGUACAGCUUGGUAAUGUAACAGAGGCGUUCGAAAGUAAAGACCUUGAGGAAGGAAAAUAUGAGCCUUUCGCGUGUCUUGCGUACCUUCUGUUUGUGCAACAUAUCGGAAUGGACGAUUUUCCAUGUGUAUUUGGACCGUUGUUUCUUCUGAAGGCUAACAUGGAACAUGUGGAUGUGCUGAUAAAAAGAACGGAAGAAUCAGUCUUGUCCAAAGGACUUGAGUUGUUGGAGAGCAGCUUGUUAAGAGCAGAGAACGAAAGUCUUCAUCAGGACUUGUUGGAGGUUAAAGCGGUGCUCCAAGUAGUACAGGGGUUGGUGAAGGUGAUGACCCUUUGUCCAAUUGAACAAUUGAGAAAGAAAAGUUUACAGAUGUUACAAUUACUGAUAGACAAGUUUGUGGCGGAAGGAAAAUACAUGCUUUUCAGGUGUCUGUUAAAGACAAGUAAUCACGCUGGUGUGGAAGGAUAUAUUAUUCAGAACAUCAAGAACCAGAUAGACUUUGCACUGAAGACUGGCAGAAACACAUGUUUUGCAAGGCCUCGCCUGACUCCUCUCCUCCAUAUGGUUCUCUCACUCCCUGAAAGAGCAGAAACGGAUCUGCUUCAGAACUCCGAUCGGAUAAUGGCAUCUUUGAACCUUUUGAGGUAUUUAUUAAUUAAAGAUGAAACAGAUAAUGAAACAGGAGUAUGGGCAGAACUUCCUAAAAUUGAGCAAGAUUAUUUAAAGCCUCUUCACAUGGGACUGAAUAUGUCCAGAGCCCACUAUGAAGCUGAAAUGAAGAACACAAAUGAAAAAAGGAAAGGUGCCCACUCUAAAAAGUCGGUCUGUACUGUGACGGUUGGAGGAGAGACGUUACCUGACAUGACCCCAGAAAUGCAGCUUCAGGUUCUACAGUCAGCUCUUUUCACAUUUGAUUUAAUGGAAAGCGUUCUUGCCAGAGUAGAAGAACUCAUUGAAGCGAAACUAAGAUCGGCAUCAGAGGAAAAAAUUGGGUCAAGUAAAGAUGUUUAGCUUUUCUGUAUUUAUCAUCACGUUUUAGCCAAUAAAUAAUUUCAAAAUGUAGAACAUAA